AUGCUACAUUUCUUAACUAAACUAAUACCGAGAAGGUUUUCUCCUAAGCCUCCUUACAAGGUUAGUAUAAGAACUCAAUUAACAGCGCUGGUAAGUCUUGUCGCCAUCUUAUCGUUGGUUAUUCUAGCAGUUACAACAGGUGUUUAUUUUACAUCAAACUAUAAAGAUUUGAGAUCGAAUCGUCUAUACAUUGCAGCUCAACUUAAAUCAUCCCAACUGAAUCAAACUUUGAACUAUUUAUUUUACCAAUGUUAUUAUCUAUCUUCAAGAGAUACAUUACAGAAGAGUCUCGCUAAUUAUGUUGCAGGGAACAAAUCUGAGAGUAACUGGAUUGAUUCUCAGAGUAUUGUUGAAAAAUUCUUAAGUUCUUCAAAUUUGUUUUUUGCUUCAAGAGUGUAUGAUUCUACUUUUACAACAGUUAUGAAUGCAACAAAUAAUUCGACCGGUGAUCAAAUACCAGACACUAUCCUUUCGCAGUUAUUCCCACUAUCAACUAACAUGUCGUUACCAUCUUCAUUGGACUCAGAAGGUAUACUUACGGAUCCGGUCAAAAAUGGCUCCUCAUAUUUAAUGUCAAUGUCCCUACCAAUUUUUACCAAUCCUUCUAUCAUCUUAAGCGAUGUUAGUAAAGUUUACGGAUAUAUUACUAUUGUGAUGUCUGCAGAAGGUGCAUAUAGUGUUUUUCAUGAUACUACUGCCCUAGAGAAAUCAAAUGUUGCAGUGUUAUCUGCAGUGAGAAAUAAUACAGGUUAUCUUAUCGGUUACCAUUUUGUGUUCCCACCCGAGGGAACCUCGUCUGAUAUUAUAUCAACUGUAUAUCCCCUAUCAAAUGGCAGUUUCUUAAAUUCGGCUGUCAGAUUAGGCAGAGCUGGAUCUGUGAAGAGUACGAAGUUUAUUUAUUCAAAGAACGUUGCUGUUGGUUACUCACCAUGUACGUUCGCUUUGGUGAAUUGGGUUGCCGUUGUUUCUCAAGCAGAAUCAGUGUUCUUAUCUCAAUCAACUAAGUUAGCAAAAAUUAUUGCAGGUACAGUGGUAGCUAUCGGUGUUUUCGUAAUUGUUGUUACAUUUCCUCUGGCACAUUGGGCUGUCAAACCGAUUGUUAGAUUACAGAAGGCCACAGAACUAAUAACGGAAGGAAGAGGUUUAAGAACCAAUACACCUGGAAGUCGAUCGGCAAGUCGUAAUAAUUCUAUAAGACGAACAUCGUUCCAAUCCUCGAGAUUUCAUUUCACCAACAGUAUAAUGGGCAAUUUAAAAUUUGAUAGAAAUGAACCGAAUUAUAGUAAUAGUAUAAACGAAAAGGUUCAUUUAACGCCAUCAUCAUUAUCAGCUUCUAUACAUGCUGAUAGUUUACACCAAAUAGACGGUAGUAACUCACGCCCAAUGUCUCCUCUAGAUGAAGCAUCAUCAAAUAAAGAAGUUCAUAGCGUGACAACAGACUCUAAUGAAAGACUAUCAAACAAAUCUAGAAACCUUACCACCUCUACAAACUUAAUUGAAGCCAGAGUUCCACUUUCGAGAACGUUGUUUUCUGACGAACUAUCCGAUCUUACGGAGACAUUUAAUACUAUGACAGAUGCACUUGAUCAACAUUAUGCACUACUAGAAGAUCGUGUUAGAGCGAGAACAAAACAACUAGAAGCUGCCAAAAUUGAAGCUGAAACUGCGAAUGAAGCAAAAACUGUUUUUAUAGCAAAUAUUUCACAUGAAUUAAGAACACCGCUAAAUGGUAUAUUAGGUAUGGCUGCAAUUUCAAUGGAAGAAGAGGAUAUGGAUAAGAUUAAAAAUAGUUUAAAACUUAUAUUCAGGUCUGGUGAACUUCUAUUACAUAUUUUAACUGAACUUCUUACAUUUUCUAAAAAUGUUUUAAGAAGAACAAAAUUAGAGAAAAGAAAUUUCUGUAUUACAGAUGUCGCAUUACAAAUUAAAUCUAUUUUCGGUAAGAUAGCUAAAGAUCAACAUGUUCGCCUAUCCAUUAUUCUUUCACCAAAUAUUAUGAGAACUAUGAUUUUAUAUGGAGAUUCCAAUAGAAUUAUCCAGAUUGUAAUGAAUUUGGUAUCAAACGCAUUGAAAUUUACUCCGGAAGAUGGUAAAGUUGAUGUCAGAAUCAAACUUUUAGGUGAAUAUGAUGCAGUCUUAAGUGAUAAAUUCCAACACAAGAAAGUAUAUGUUAAAAAUGGUACAGAAUUUCCAGACGAUGAGUCUACUUCAAGAAUAGGCGAUACGAAAAUUUCUAAUAACGGGAAAAUCGAGGAUAUAACUACCCUAGAGGGUAGUGAUCUUGAUAAAGUUCAUGCGGAUAGAAUUGAUGAUGAGCAUUCUUCAACCGAGUCUGACAGAGAGGGUGAUGAGACAGAUAGCAAAUCGUUAGUGUCCCUAAGCACAAGCUCAUAUGAUGAUACCGUUUUUAACAGUCAAUUUAAGAAAACUCCAAACCUUUACGAGGAAAGCGAUACAGAUAAAGGCACAGAACUAAAAGAACCCAAAACAUGGGUAAUAUCUAUUGAAGUUGAAGAUACUGGUUCUGGUAUCGAUAAGAGUCUACAUGAUUCUGUUUUUGAACCUUUUGUUCAAGGUGAUCAGACACUUUCAAGACAAUACGGUGGUACGGGUUUAGGUUUAUCUAUUUGUAGACAACUAGCAACCAUGAUGAACGGUACUAUGGAAUUGGAAAGUAACGUUGGUGUUGGUAGUAAAUUUACGUUUACCGUUCCUUUAACCCAAACAAGAGAACUACAAUUCGAUGAUGUUGAUACAGCAUUUGAGGAUGAAUUUAAUGCCAGAAGUAAGAAAAAUAGAAAGGUCAAGUUCAGAGUUGCUAGAAGUAUCAACAGUAGAAAAUCUCGGUCCUCUAUUGUUACAGCAGGUAGUAGUUCAAGAAUUAGCCGCUUAAGUACGGAAGAUGUUCAGGAAACACCUCUUGAGGAUGCACCUGACGGUAAAGAAACUAAUAUCGAACAACAGAGAGAAGCAAGAUUAUCUAAGGAAAGCCAUCAUACAAAGAGCUCAUUAAAUCUAGAUAGACCAUUUUUACAAAGUACAGGUACUGCCACAUCGUCCAGAAGCAUACCGUCCCUUCUUAAUAGCGGUAAGAGUUUACGAAUUCUUGUUGCAGAGGAUAACCAUGUUAAUCAAGAGGUCAUUAAACGUAUGUUGAACCUUGAAGGUAUUAAUUCUAUUGAUUUAGCUUGCGAUGGGCAAGAAGCCUUCGAUAAGAUUAAGGAACUAAAUUCCAACAAUGAGAGUUAUGAUAUGGUAUUCAUGGAUGUUCAAAUGCCAAAGAUUGAUGGUCUCUUAUCUACCAGAAUGAUUCGUCAGGAAUUAAAUUAUACAUCUCCUAUCGUUGCUCUAACUGCAUUUGCAGAUGAUAGUAACAUUAAAGAAUGUAUAGAGGCAGGUAUGGAUGGUUUCUUAUCGAAACCUAUUAAAAGGCCUCAAUUGAAGACUCUAAUAAAAGAAUACUGCCCAGAUUGGGAACCACCAGUCAAAAAAACAGAGCCUAAAUCUUUAAAAGAAAGACCACCGACUAGAGCAACAAAAGAAGUUCCUACAGCUUCAAAGGAGGAAUUGAAGCCGACGUCAUCGAAAGACGUUCAACAGUAA